AAAAAUAACCUAUCACUUGACUUGUGUUUGACUUGUACACAGUAUUGCCAAUAAACAUGAAUCAUACAGAAAGAAAUAUAACUAAGUAAACAAUUAAUCCGAUAAUUGAUAAUUAUGUAUAUUUAAUAUCAUAAUUGUGGAUAUUAUAAAUUAUUACGAGUUAUUAACAUUAUUUUUCCCUAUAUCUACUAACAGUGUUGUAUGUCAAAAAUUGACAUGAAUUGCUAACUUCAUUGUAUUGUUAAGUUGUAGUGUGUAGUGUAGACAUUUUUAUUUAUUUUCGAUUAUUUUGAUGUUUGUUGUAAAUCGGAAUAUUAUACGAAUUGUUUUGUUUCACAUUACUGUACACAAACAAUAUCCGGCUUUGGGGUUCCAGCAAUGUUGAAGUGGGGACGUUCCGAUGUCUCGACGUCUUCCAUCUUCACAACGUCGCGUUCCGUCUCUAGAUAACAAUCCCUAUCAAGCUACAUCUCCCGCUUCUUCAAACAAUCCCCAACCUCAAAAAUCAUCCUACUAUUAUCCCCACCACCAUCAUCCUCAUUAUCAUAAUCAUGGCGACCAGUAUCAGAAACAGUGCCGUAACAGUUACCGAAAAUCACCCCAAGCUACCGCCGAUAUCGUUUACAGUGACGAGACUACCGAUACCUACGAUUAUUAUUAUCAACAAACUGGGUUCCAGCAUAGUCCUUUGAGGGAAUCCAGAAAUACGGAUGUUACUUUCUCCGACGAUAGCGGAUCUACACGGUUGCCAUAUUUCGAAUUCGACGAUGAUUCAAAUAAAAGAUAUUCGCGAACUACGAUUUCAGAUAGGAGCUUUAAAAGACCAAAAAAUUCUCCUGAUAGAAGACAAAAUCACACACUCAAUCUCAAGGAUUUAAGAAAAGUUUAUCCCAACCCAGAAAACAACUUUGACCAGUUGUAUCAAGAAGUACCGAGUCCAUCCGAUAAUGUACCUGUAAAUAAUCUACCUAGAAGAAUAUCUACAAGAGCAUCUGAUAGACCCCAAAGUUCUUUAAGUUCAGGUGUAGCUAGUGCGGUAGUUCACGGUUGUGGUGGCAGAUGUCAAACGUUCGAAAACGUUUGUUAUUUUUUCCUACAAUUAAUGUUCACCAUGGGCAUUUUGAUAGGAAUUUCAUUGUACAUAGCUGGAAUGGUUUUAAGAAAAUCCGCUGCUCGAAAUUUACAAGUCCUAAUGUACAUAGGGAUACUUUUGAGCGUCGUUAGUGGAUUAUUACUGGCGAUUCAGUAUGAUGCUAGAAAAACAGCUAGGAAUAGAAAAAAGGCUAUCCAGAUGGCAAAAAGGGCUCCCAUACAAAUGGAAAAUUUACAUUUAAGAACUAACCCCUUACAUAAUCAACCACAUAUCGGUUGGAACGUUCCCAAUCAAAGGAAUAGCAAUUUUCCUCAAGUCCACGUCAGUGUAAAUCGUCCUUUACCAAUGCGACCUACGGAAAGAGAUUCUCCAACUGUUAUCGAACAACCGGGAAUACCUUGGUGGAGACGAAAAGAUCUUAAUACUCACUAGCUUGAUUAGUUUGUAAAAGUUGUACAGACAAACUGUAAUAUAAGACUGAUUUAGAAAAAUAUUGUAAAUUACAUAAUAUUUAGUUCAUUCUGAAUUUUAAAUCAUUUUAUCGGUUGAUUCCAUCAUUAAAACAACUUUCAAGUCAUUACCUUUAAUGUUUAACAACUUUUUUGCAUAUAUGAAUAAUAAAUUUCACAAUUAACUUGUCAUUUAUUGGUAGUACUUCUGAAAGUAUAUACAAGUUUAAGGGUGAGAUUUUUUAUAUGAGUCACCCUCAAUUUAAACUUGUUCAAAGUAGUCCUUAGUCCAAUUUUAAUUUCUUUUUAAUACUGUAACACAAAAGAAUGAAUUAACUAUUACAGGCCAAAUGUAAAUACAUGUCUUAACCCCUACCUCAGUGACAAUUAUAGUUGGAAACUGAAAUUAAAAUACAUAUCGUAUCAUAAAACUUUUUAUUUCAAAUUUACACCACCGUCACUAUCAACUGUGAUGAUAUUAAUUGUGUUAUACCGAAAUCGACCACUGAGAUUAAGGGUAAUUGAAUAAACUACUGCUUAUGGUUGUGGCGACAAAAAAAAACCGUAAAAAUUGUUUUUGAAAAAGUUCAAUUUGUUGCUGGAAUGUAAAACUUUUUGUUCAUUACUUGAACUCAAUACUAUUGGAAGUGAAUCAGCACCGAGUCAGCUCGAUUUCCUAAUUUUUGUCUUUAAAUGUUGCUUUCAACACCUUCAGAAUAUACGUUUCGUUUCAAAUUUCGCCAAAAAUUCAAUUGGCUUCACCUGAAGCACAUUAGGAACAUUCCUAGACUUCUCAAUAAACGGACUAAACAACUCAAAAGCUCCAACAACGUCAUUUGUUUAAUAAGAAGUUGCCAUAUGUGGCAAACUCACAAAAUAUCCUUUAAGAUGCUUUUUCUUUAUAAAUUGCAUUUAUCUAGAUCCAACAAAGUUAAGCUGAAGAACGACUACUAGUAUAUAUCGCCAACCAUACCAACACUUUCUGGAAGUGUUGGUGAUAUUCAUACACCGUCUGGUGUAAUUGUGAGUGUUGGUUAGGUGUGUUCAGUACUUUCAAGUUGAACUUUUUCUGAAUUUUAAAAUACACUUAUGAAUUUACUUCAUCGCCGAAUUCACCAUUCCACUUCCGUUAUAUAUGUAUAAAGUAUGACCCGUUGUCCCUGAGACUUCUAAGUUUUGAUUUUUGUUUCUUUUGGUGCUUCUCAGAAUACCUAGGUGCACAUUUUCUUGAUUUUUGAACCACAUUCUGUUUGUUAAGAAUUUUGCUUACAAUUUUCUUAUCUAUUUUGAAUUUUCUGCCCAAUUUUUGCAAACUGAUUUCCAGUUUUUUUGCUUUUCUGCCUGAUCCUGACUAUUCCUUUAUUACAGAUUAAUUAACCGUAAAUGAUUAGUUCGGAUCAUGAUUUUGUUCAUAAAACUUGACAAUAUUUUCCGUCGUUCGUUUUCUUUUAGAUUUUCCAUACUUGAAACUAAGUAACAAUUUUUAUACAUGGUGCAUUUGACAACUGCACAAUUAUGAGAAACAAUAACAUUCUCAGUACAAAUUUUUUGUCCAAAACUAGCAUAUUAUUGACGUUUUAGAAAAAUUUGAACUAAUAACAGGCUGUGAUAUAAAAUUGACGUGCUACAGACAUCUUGAUAUGAACCAAUUUCUAGGAGGGUAUAUACAUUACCAAAAAUUUACCGAUAUGUGACAAUAUUAGAUUACAGAUACAACUAGCUAAAAGUUACGGAAUUAAUUUUAUUUUAAUUAUUUGAAUCGACAACUUUUUUUUGUUGGUUUCUGUGAAAAUAAAUUGUAUUUUGAUUUCAAUUUUCAAAGCACUACAUUUUAGUUGAUAAACAAAAAAAUAUUUGUCUAGUCUAGUUCCGUUUCAUGUAAAGUGCCACAUGACAUUGUGUUCCACUUAAACCUUACUAAACAAAUUCGUUUAAUUUAUUAUUAUUAUAAAUAAAAAAUGUGGAUUUUUGUAAUCCAUGUAAAAAUUUGGAAAAUAUUUGUGCCAGAAAAUCUGUUAAUACACAAGGCAUAUUUUUUGACAACGUUUACCAGUGAAAAGUUACUAAUGUCAUAUUUUUAUUUUAGUCGAAGAUACGAUAAAAAAUAUCUACCUCUCUCUAUUAUUCAAUGUUGUAUGUACAGAUUGGAUUUUGUUAAAUAGCAAAACUGUCAUUUUAGUGGCUAUUUUUAUAGUAAGCUCUGAAUUAAGACUCAAAUUUGUAUUCUGUUCUUAAUACAACAAAUUAUUUUAAAAAAAAUAAAGUAAGAAUUAUUUCAUGAUGCUAUCUUUAUAUUGGAUCGUUCAGGGCGUCCUUUUAGCUUUCCAGCUGUUCUGCACUUAUCCUUAUAAAAAUAAUUUGUACCUAACUCUAUAUCUCAUUGUUCUGCCUCUAUAAUACGUAGACUUUUCCAAAAAUAGUAUUUUUCUUGGAGGUUUUGAACGAUUUAUCACUAGGCUCUACUCCUUCGAGGUACUUAAACCUUUUGCUGAAAUUGCUAGGCCGUUCAAAGAGUUGAUGCUCUUAUGGUGCCAGAAGACCGGUAGUUUAAUCUUUUAACGCCUGGUUUCUUUUCUUCUAAGACUUCUAAAUUGAUAUUAUUAUGAAUCUUUUAGUUUGAGUUAGGCUUGGAGUGUUCUCUUUCUGUUCCUUUACCCAUCUGUUCUUUUUAUAGAUGUGACAUCUCAUGCGGCUACAGUAGGUCUCUGGUCCAAAAUAUGGCAUCGUUAUCCCUCAUUUAUCAAAACUGUCUGCUUCCUCAUAACCUGAUACACCCUGGAAGCUACAUUAGGGUUGCUUUGUUCCUGGUAGCUUUUAGAAUUUGCAACCAACACAAGUAAUCGAAAUUAUUUAUUUUAGUAUGUAACAAAAUUGAUUCACUUAAACUUUUUAUUCGUACUUUUAGCUUCUCUAAAUUUUCUGGUUUGAAAUUUAAAAUCAUUCCGGGCAUUAGUAUGUACAAAGGGAAUAAACUUUUAGUUUUAGGACUUCAAGGAUACUAUAUAUUUAUGAAUUAAUAACAAAGCAAGGAAAUUAAUUUGAAUAAUUUAUUUAAAUAUGCUUAUUUGUAUAAAUAAACAUUUAUUUAAAUGAUAGAUGAGGGUAUAUAUUUAUUAAACUAUUACUAUAAAAUGAGAAUCAUAAAUGAUUUUAUAAAAA